AACACACAAACCCAGAGGGUCCAUUUAUGUUUAUAGAUGCAACAAAUUUUCAACAUUCGAGUCUCCAUAACAGGAUUAGGGUUUAUUCCAGUCAAAAGGGGGAAAACGACGACGAUAUUAAUUCUGCUAUUUCGGUACUAAAUUCGAACAAUUUUGCUUACUUUUCGGACCAAUUGGUUGAAUUCAGCUGUACGGAUCUCUUCAAGGUGAUGACGGUGUAUACUCGUUCAAGAUACUGACGGAUGGAUCCUGAAAGCAAGAAGUUUGGAAAAGGGCCAAGGGAGCUUACGGGUGCUGUGGAUCUUAUAAGCCACUAUAAACUGUUGCCUCAUCUUGACUUCUUCUGCAAGAAAUCACUUCCUUUGUCGAUUUCAGAUACACAUUAUCUUCAUAAUGUUGUUGGAGACUCAGAAAUUAGAAAAGGUGAAGGAAUGCAGUUGGAUCAGCUUAUUCAGAAUACAUCCUUUUCAAGGGAUACGAAUACACGUAUACAGCCGUUUGACCUCGACACACUAAAGGAAGCCUUUAAGUUAAGAGAAACUGCUCCCAUUGACCUGCCAUCUUCAGAGAAGGGGAUUCCUACGGUACCUGGAAAAUCUAAAAGUGAAUCGAAGGACAAGGAAAAGAAACACAAAAAACAUAAGGACAAAGACAGGGAAAAAGAUAAAGAACAUAAGAAACACAAGCAUCGACAUAAAGAUAAAAGUAAAGAUAAGGAUAAGGAAAAAAAGAAGGAUAAAAGCAGUCAUCAUGAGAAGAAAAGGAAGCAUGAGGGAGAUGAAGAUCUCAAUGACAUUCACAGGCACAAGAAAAGUAAGCACAAGAGCUCAAAAAUGGAUGAAAUGGGUGCAAUAAAGGUAGCAGCUUGAAAGUGGCAUGUGAUCUAUAUUAUUGUCUGUCGUCGAUGUUGCAUAUGAAAAUUCAAGAGGUCCUUAGUGUAGUCAUAUCGAGAACAGUACCUGGACUGACUUUAAUGUUACUGAGUAGGUGAAUUCACCCAAAUUAAUUCAAGGUACAAAAUGUUGGAAAAACAAAUUUCUUUGUAUCAUAGAUGGGCUUUGAUUCAAUCUUUUAUUUAAUUCUUAGUGGCUCAGCAUUUGGCUAUCCUAAUUUUUUUUCUCAGUAAAAACUUUGUUCGGUUUUACUAGUACUUAGGGCGAUGGUCAACAUAAACACAAUGUUGUGAGUGUAUCAAUAUCAGUUUUGUAAUUCUCUAGAAGCUUUAAGCUAAUGUUGCUAUUUUUUUUUUUUUUUUGAAUUUUGUAAAUACUAGUCGAUUCAGAAGUAAAACUAAUAGAGAGCAGUCAUUCUUGGUGUUAAACAGUUUGCGCUUAGAAUCUUUACAUCCGUGUCAAAUGUCGGUAUAUGACUGUUGAUGUUCGACUGCAGUGCUGUUCUUUUUGAGGAUUACAAUAUGAAGAACGUUGUUUGUUCUAA